CGCAGGCUCUCACUCACCCAGCCCCUCUCCCCCCCAGCCGAGGCCCAAGCGCUGCCGCAGCCUGAGCCAACCCCACGCUGCCCACCAUGGACACCGGAGUCAUCGAAGGUGGUCUCAAUGUCACACUCACCAUCCGGCUACUCAUGCACGGAAAGGAGGUGGGAAGCAUCAUUGGGAAGAAAGGGGAGUCCGUGAAGAAGAUGCGUGAGGAGAGCGGAGCUCGCAUCAACAUCUCGGAAGGGAACUGCCCYGAGCGGAUCAUCACCCUCGCGGGACCCACCAACGCCAUCUUCAAAGCUUUUGCGAUGAUCAUUGACAAACUGGAAGAGGACAUCAGCAGCUCCAUGACCAACAGCACAGCUGCUAGCCGGCCCCCGGUCACUCUGCGGCUYGUGGUCCCGGCCAGCCAGUGCGGGUCCCUCAUUGGCAAAGGAGGCUGCAAGAUCAAGGAGAUCCGAGAGAGCACGGGGGCACAGGUCCAGGUGGCAGGGGACAUGCUGCCCAACUCGACUGAGCGAGCCAUCACCAUCGCUGGGAUCCCACAGUCCAUCAUCGAGUGCGUCAAACAGAUCUGCGUCGUCAUGCUUGAGUCUCCCCCGAAGGGUGUCACCAUCCCGUACCGACCCAAGCCAUCCAGCUCUCCCGUCAUCUUUGCAGGCGGCCAGGACAGGUACAGCAGCGGCAGUGCGAGCUACCCCCACACCGCCCCAUCCAUGUGCCUCAACUCUGACUUGGAGGGACCACCUCAGGAGGCCACCCGGCAGCCACUGCAUGGCAACGAACUUGGGCCAAUUCCAGCCUGGGCUGCAGUUCUUCCGGCCUAUACCAUUCAAGGACAGUAUGCCAUUCCACAGCCAGAUCUGACCAAGCUGCACCAGUUGGCAAUGCAACAGUCACACUUUCCAAUGUCUCAUGGCAACACUGGAUUCAGUGGCAUUGACUCCAGCUCUCCAGAGGUGAAAGGCUAUUGGGGUUUGGAUGCCUCUGCCCAAACCACCUCCCAUGAACUCACCAUUCCAAACGAUCUGAUUGGCUGCAUCAUCGGGCGUCAGGGCGCCAAGAUCAACGAGAUCCGCCAGAUGUCCGGGGCUCAGAUCAAGAUUGCCAACCCCGUGGAAGGCUCUACUGACAGGCAGGUGACCAUAACUGGAUCUGCAGCGAGCAUCAGCCUGGCCCAGUAUCUAAUCAAUGUCAGUUUAGAAAGCGCUAAACCCUCCUCCCAGGCAGCCUCCGUCACGAUCCCUGACCACCUCAGCAUCAACCUCUCUCAACCCUCCACCCCUUCUUCUUCUUCCUCCUCCACCACCACCCCCUCGCUCGCCACCGCGGGGGCCUCCGACGCACCCUCCAGCCUCCCCAACCCUCUUCCGACYGCCCCUUGUGUCUCCAGUCUGCUUGGCAUGAAACCUGUCCCUCUCCUGGCGCUAAAUGUCGUGUCUGCGGCCAAAGGGGCCGCGGCGCCCGCCGCCGUGCCCUGUGUCACUAACAAACUCAAAGCGGAGAAGCAAAGGUUUUCCCCGUACUGAGGCUGCUCCAGGGGGUGGCAGCACCAGGACCCCGUAGAGGAGACUUGGAACAGCAGUUUUUUUCUCUAUUUUUUUUCCU